AUAUGGAGCCGAGGGAGGGGUAGAAUAGCCCGGCGCUUUGGUGAGAGCAUGCUAUGUACCUCCAUCACCGACGUUUCUCAAAAGUGAUCUAAUCGGCUCCCGGGACCUUGUACCACCUUACACAGAACAGAGAACCAGUUUUGCCAUGGCAGACCACGCCCUGCCAGACCCCCAGGCCAUCGCGCAGACAGUAGCCGCUGCACAAUCCGCAGAGGAGCAGCUAGUCGUCGACGAGCAUCAGAAUACGGCGGGGGAGUAUGAGUUUUUGGAUUAUUCGAGUCUUGUAGGGACGGAAUUGGAGGUGGAUUCUACAGAGGACCAGGAUUCGACGCUUGGGGACGAACUCAAUUCUGUCUCCACUUCUUUAGCCACUUCGGUGUUGCAAGGGAAUUGGGAACAUGGGAGAAGGUAUCAUUCCUACAGAACUGGCACAUACUUUAUUCCAAAUGACGAUGAAGAAAAAGAUCGACUAGAGCUUCAGCAUAAAAUCUGGCACAUAGUCCUCAGCGGCAGGCUGUACCUUGCUCCUCUCAAUCUCGAAACUCUCCACGAUGCGCUUGACCUUGGUUGCGGAACCGGCGCAUGGGUCAUGGACUUCGCCGACGCUCACCCAAAAUGCAAGAUAGUCGGAACCGAUCUCUCGCCCAUCCAGCCCACUGCUGUGCCUGAGAACGCCGAAUUCAUCGUCGACGACGCAAGUGCCGACUGGGCCUUUGGGAAGAAAUUCGACUACAUCCACACCCGUUCCAUAACCUCUGGCAUCAAAGACUGGGAUCGCCUUCUGAAGCAAGCUUUCGACAACUUGAAUCCCGGAGGCUGGGUCGAACUCCACGAACUGCACAUGCCCAUCAAGUGCGAUGACGGAACGGCUAGUCCGAACUCUGCUAUCAUCAAGUGGAGCGUCGAUAUAUAUGAAGCGAGCUUGAAGUUUGGCAUUGACAUGCUUGCGAGCUUGAAGCACGCAGACCGCUUGCGGGAAAUCGGGUUUACGGAGGUGCAGGAAACGCAUAUCAAGUGGCCAAUCGGACCGUGGCCGAAGGGGAAGAAGGAGAAGCAGAUCGGCGCUAUGUUUCAGCAAGAUAUUGCCGGGAAUCUCAAGGGUGUCAGCCAGAAGAUUUUCACGCAGAUUCUUGGGCAGUCGCAGGAGGAGUUUGAGGUGUUCAUCCAGCAGGCGCAGGAUGAUAUGUAUAACCCAAAGAUUCAUACCUACUUUCCAGUUGACAUUUUCUGGGCUCAGAAGCCAUUUUAAGGGGUUCGCACUUUGUCCUUUGUAAACGACUAUGUAGCACAGCCCAGCCGAGUCGGUAGGUUUUAAGGUAUCGAUGAGGAUUAAGCGUGGAUGCGACUUCUCAAUGGAUAAUAGAACCAAUUUAUAUAUCGCGGCUUUUCAAACUAUCUAUACUGCAGUGGCUCGUCAUACCUUUGUAGCUAUAUGUAGGCUUUGCCAGUGCGUGCAGUGCUUCAAUGGACCAAUGGAAACUUGGGCCAGCGAUGUAUAUACACUUUCGUAGAAACCAUCUCUCAGCCGCUGUCCGGAGUGGCCUUGCAACUUUACUAGUUGUCAAGUUGGUAGGAUUCAACACUUCCUUCUGAUUCGGCAAGGCAUCAUAAGCAGUGGCAGGAAGAGCUGUGGAGCCGUGGAAGGUGCACAUCGUCUCACAUCUCGUCCUUCCCGGCCUCCCUCUCUCUCUUACUCGCCUUCUCUCCUCGACAUCAUCACCUCUCUCCAACGACA